AUGGCGUCCGAGAAACCCGGGAGCUUUCAACAAGCCGCUUUGGAUUCCGAUCAAGAGGAGUUGCAACAAUUUGGUUCUACUUUAUUGAGUAUGGAAAAUUUAGAUAGAACGUCUCCCGAAUUGUGGCCCGAAAAAAUUCCAGGUAUAACUCAAUUUAUGAACAACUUCCAAUCUACGCCCAACAGCACAACCAAAUUACCAUAUUCAAGAGAACUUAAUCAUGAAGAUGAAAAUUAUUUACAUCAGCUUGCUGCGUUGUCAACUUCAUGUCUUAUAGGAAAAGUUAAAGAAUUACAUGACAUUGCCUAUCAGUUGGGAGUCGAGGAGUCAAAAGAAGUGACUCGGGGGAAAUAUUUAAACUUUUUUUACUCUGAAAAAAAUAAUAAAUGA